AUGACCACAAUGCAUUUUGAAUACGACCCGGAGAGAUUAAUAGAGGAAGUGAGGAAGCGUCCGGGAAUAUGGGAUUUCGAAGAUGUCGCGUACCGUACAAAGACAAUGAGACAAAAAUUAUGGACGGAUGUCGUAAACGAACUUAUGGAAGCAGACGUCAAGGUCACGAAGAGCGAGAUGCGUGAGCUUGAACUUCAACUGCAGAAAAAAUGGAAGAGCAUCAGGGACUGUUUCCAAAAGUACGUGAUGAACCCGAACAGGUCCAAGAGGCCUUACAUCUAUAGCAAAAAGCUGCAAUUCCUGCUCAAGAACCAGGACGCGUCAGACAAUCACGGCGCUUCUACAGAAUCCGAUGGCGAGAAGAAAUCGAGCAUUUGGCGGACGAAGAGAAAACUGAAAAUAAACAAGGACAGCUCCGACGAAGACAACGAUAACGACAACGACAACUUCAAUUUCAACGACGAUUCGAAAUCGAAUUGUUCCAACGAAGUUGCGGAUAAUAACGAGACACGGACGCCGGCGAAACAGCCCAAAUUGCACAGCGCCGUCGCAGUAGACGAGUUCGCAUUCGCCAACGUAGACGUGCAGGGCGCGAACGAACCAGAAGACUGUGACAAAUUGUUCCUCCUCUCCCUCCUGCCGCACCUAAAGUCGAUACCGGAGGAGCACCGAUUGAAUGUCAAGAUGGAAAUGAUGCACGUAUUGAGGAAUGCGAACUUCAACACUUCCGUGGAACAUAAGAUACUC